AGGGUACUUGCGCAUUGGUUACAAAAGGCGGAGUGGCGGUGGUGAGUUUGUGCGGCAGGUCGUCCCCGGGGCAACACUUGUAGACCGGCCGGCAGCCGACACCAGCCCCUCGCCAUGUCGGAGAUAGAGCAGGAGCCCGAGCUGGCCGUGCGGAGACGGAGCACCCAAGAUGUCUUGAACUUUGGGAGGGAGAGUGAGCUAAGGGCUGCAGCACCUCCCUAUCCUCUGACCCUCUGGCAGUGUGAGCUGUAUCCGCAGACUGAGCUGAUGGACAUGCCUUCACCACUUACACCAAAGUCAAGCGCAGUGUCUUGCUCAACUAUGACGCAAAAUCAUUCGUGUGAAGGGAUAACGUGUCCGGGCUGCUUGAUGAUGACAAAAACCAUGCUGCUGGCAGAGAAUGAGGUUGAGGCACACAAACUGGCCAACAACUACAAGUUUGGGUUUAAGAAAUGGAAAAGCCAUGUGACUGAGCGACCCUGGGAAGACCGUUCUGCAAUAGUGAAAGAGCUGUAUUCAGAUCUCAACAUCAUCAAACAUCCAGGAUCUCUGAUAACCUGUGACAACGUGUUGUAUGUGCUGCUGUUUGGUUGGUGGAUUGCCCUGCUGUACCUUUUAAUCGCUCUCAUUAUGUUUGUUACCAUUGUGGGAAUUCCCUAUGGGAAAUUGUGCUGCAGUCUUGCUGGAUAUUAUUUCUGGCCAUUUGGGAAGGUAAUUCUAAAACUAUUCAUGAAUCGGAGAAAAAGCAGUGUGCGGUUUUAUGGCGAUAGUGUUCCCGAGACGACAAAUGUGGAGACAACGGCACUGCUUGGUGACACAGAAAAAGACGAACACAUUCUGGCAGAGACACCCACGACGGGAAUUAAUUACUGGCGCUGUCCUAGCACCUAUGUGUGGCUUCUUCUGGGUUAUCCACUUCUAGCAAUUGCCCAUGGCCUGGCUUCUUUCAUCGCCUGGAUUUUGGUUGUCACCAUCCCAAUAGCCAAGCUCAAUGGAAGAGCCAUCACAAACAUCCUCCUAAUCCCUCCCGAACAGCUUCAGAUCAGACCGUUCAAGAGGAUGGACGUUCCAUUGGAUGGAGAAGUGCUCCUUUGUUGUUACCGUGCUAUGAAUUUCUACUAUUACAAGUAUACUGUGGUUGGCAUUAAUGUGUUUGCUGUGAAUCUGCUUCCACUAGUUGUAGUUGCCCUGGUCUUGGGUUAUGCUGACACAGAAAACAAAUACGCCAGUUCACUUGUAAAAUUUGUGCUAUCCAUCCUGGCAAUAAUUCCUCUGUCCUACUACAUUGGGAUGGCGAUCGCGAGUAUUUCAGCACAGAGUAACUUUGCAGUGGGUGCAGUAGUGAAUGCCACGUUUGGUUCCAUCACCGAGUUGACCUUCUACAUAACGGCUCUGAUCAAAGGCAGUCACAAGGGGAACAAGAGCUAUGAGGAGGUGGUGAAAAGUGCUCUGACUGGAACCUUGUUGGGAUGUGUGCUCUUUAUUCCGGGUAUAUCCAUGGUGAUUGGAGGGUGCAAGCACCAGGAGCAGAGGUUUAACAGCCGCUCGGCAGGCAUCAGCUCAGCACUGCUCUUCAUAUCUGUGGGAGGUGUGUUUGCACCAACUCUCUUCUCCAAGGCCUAUGGAAACUUAAUAUGCCAAGACUGCACCAAUUCAACACAGAAUGAUUCUGGCGCCUUUCAAUGUAAUGAUUGUCACUUCAGUAUGAGUAACUCCUUGUUUCACAGUCAUGUUCAGCCCCUGAUCCACACUGUGUGCAUACUUCUCCCAGCAUCAUAUGUCAUUGGUCUCAUUUUUUCACUGAAGACACAUACCCACAUCUAUGAUAUUCAUAUCAGUGACUGCCAUGUUCCAGGACACAGCCACAAUGUUGUUAUCCAUUGGUCACGAUGGAGAGCUGUGGUGCUGCUUGUUGUGACCACUGUUUGCAUGUCUGCCUGUGCAGAAUUGGUGUCUGAGCACAUUGACCCCUUGUUGUCCAGCUCGGCAAUUUCACCGUACUUCCUUGGUGUAACUGUUUUGGCGAUGGUUCCUGAGCUUCCUGAAAUAGUUAAUGGAAUCCAAUUUGCAUUGCAGAAUAACAUCAGCCUCAGCUUGGAAGUUGGAAGCUCCAUCGCGGUACAAGUGUGUAUGCUCCAAAUCCCAAUACUGGUGCUCUUCUCAGCUAUUUAUCCUGUAGGUUUUAAUUUACUCUUCAGUGAUCUCCAUCUUUGGGCAUCAAUAUUCAGUGUCAUUUUAAUGAACUACAUCUUCAUGGAUGGCAAGUGCGACUAUUUCCAAGGCACAGUAUUGGUGGUGGUCUACCUCAUCAUCAUGGCCAUGUAUUACUUUGCUCCAUCGUAAAGCAGGUGCUGAGAGUGCUUUCAUUGAAUCAUUUGUGUGACUUGACAAUGAAUCAACAGCCAAGAAUUCUUCAGAAUCUCCUGUUUGAGUCUAACGUUACUCAAAUCAACAUUAAAAGGAGCUAAUGUUAAGAUUCCUGCAAGUAUUGAAGCCACUGACACACCACUAUUGGCACAAUUUGAAGUUAAUGUGUGGUAUAAUCAUCUGAUUAAUCUCUCAUUAACCAACUUCAAGUUCCCCCUGCAUGAUUGGAUUUGGUGAGAGUAAUUUGGAUGAAUUGCUUGAUUCUUCUUGGGAAGAGGUCAUUUUACAACACUCCCAGUGGAGCAGUGAAGUCUAAGAACUGCCACAGCUAAAUAUAUUUGAUAGCAAUUCCACUGGCUGCUAUUUGAUUUAAAUGUGAUUUCCUGCUUUUUUGAAUGGGGUGGGGGUGUAAAAGAACAUACUGGUAAUUCUGGGGAAAAAUUGUGCAUUUCUUAUAACUUCCUGUACAAUGGAGUGAGUAGUAUAUGUAUAUAAGCAAUUUCAAGUUAAUUUAAAAUAAAAUUUGUAUCUAUUAAUAACUAAA